GGCGGAUCCCGCGGGAGCGAGAAAAGGAGAGACGGCGUGUGCACGGCGAGCUCAGGAGUGGCAGCACAUGGAGUCCGUACUGUACUGAAUGCUCGUGUGCAGCGUGGAAGACAUGACAUGACACGACCUGAUACGAAGAGCUUCAACUUUUCCCUCGGCUGUUCUUUAUUUUCUCGCAUUGAGGAUCUGCCUGCAGUAUAUCCAAAACCAACCUUUUCCGCCACCCGCGCGCGCACUGCCCAUUUAUACUCCACGGCAGGUAGACAGUAAAUGCGGCAGCUCCCAGCUGAUCCGCGAGACUUGUGACAGUCGUGUCGUGCUCGAUCUUGCGUUGGUGUGCGUGUGUGUCAGGGUGAGAGGACGGGGUGAGAUGGACGAGCUGAUCAGACGCUGUGAGCGCACCUUCAGGAACCGACGGAGUGAGUGAGUGUGAGCGGAGAGAUGGCAGCCUCGAGUAACUCCAGUCUGUCGGGUUCCUCCGUAUCCUCCGAUCCCGAGGACUACCAACCACCAAUAUGGAAAUCCUACUUGUACCAGCUACAGCAGGAGGCGCCCAGACCAAAAAGAAUUACAUGUCCACAGGAGAUGAAGAGCAGGCCCAAAUAUUAUGGACGAGAGUUUCACGGGCUGGUCUCUAGAGAGCAGGCAGAUGAGCUUCUGGGUGGUGCCGAAGGGGCUUACCUCAUCAGAGAGAGCCAGCGGCAGCCUGGAAUUACACUCGCUUUAAGGUUCGGCGGCCAGACUCUAAACUACCGGCUUUUCUACGAUGGCAAGCACUUUGUGGGAGAGAAGCGGUUUGAGUCGGUGCAUGAUCUGGUCACAGAUGGUCUCAUAACCCUGUACAUCGAGACCAAAGCAGCUGAGUACAUUGCCAAGAUGACCACCAACCCCAUUUAUCAGCAUGUGGGCUAUACUGCAUUAUUGAGAGACAAGAUGUGCCAGCGCCUGAGCCGAGUGCGGUCUGAGACUAAAAAAGUCACCUUCCAACAGGAUGAGAAGAUCUCCAACUCACCGCUGGGCAGACGCAGUGCUCUGAAGGAUGGGUCAGAGAAGCAAUGCAACUAUGAAAAGGUCCAUAAUUUUAAGAUACACACCUUCAGAGGCCCACACUGGUGCGAAUACUGUGCUAACUUCAUGUGGGGUCUCAUUGCCCAGGGUGUUCGCUGCUCAGACUGUGGACUGAAUGUACAUAAGCAAUGCUCAAAGCUGGUGCCCAGCGACUGCCAGCCAGACCUGCGGCGCAUCAAGAAGGUUUUUAGCUGUGACCUCACCACGCUGGUUAAAGCCCACAAUACACCACGGCCUAUGGUGGUGGACAUGUGCAUCAGAGAAAUAGAGCACAGAGGACUGAAGUCAGAAGGCCUCUACAGAGUCUCUGGUUUUACAGAACAUAUAGACGAUGUGAGGCUGGCCUUUGACAGAGAUGGUGAGAAGGCAGAUAUCAGUGCUACUGCAUAUCCAGACAUCAACACCAUCACAGGAGCUUUGAAACUCUAUCUGAGAGAUCUGCCAAUCCCUGUCAUCACGUACAACGUUUACUCCAAAUUCAUCCAGGCAGCCAAAAUAAACGACCCUGACACCAGGCUAGAAGCGAUCCACGAUGGCCUGCUACAGCUUCCUCCUGCACAUUACGAGACUCUUCGCUAUCUGAUGACUCAUCUAAAAAGAGUCACUAUGUAUGAAAAAGAGAAUCUCAUGAAUGCUGAGAAUCUUGGAAUCGUCUUCGGGCCAACUUUGAUGCAGCCUCCGGACCAGAACACACUAGCCACCCUCAACGACAUGAGGCACCAGAAACUGAUUGUUCAGCUGUUGAUUGAGCAUGAAGAUAUUCUCUUUUAAAGCCAUGAACUGUAAAGAUUUUGCUACCAUGAGGAAGUGGAUGGUAGACAUUCUUUCAAUGUAAAGAUCUUAUUUUACUAGGAGAUUUAACUGGCUUACAAUGUACAUUUUGUGUAACAUAUCCUUAAUCACCAAUACUAGAUUAUAAGAUCAGUGGAAAUGGGCACUACUGUAAGCCUGAUCUUAGACUUGAUUGCUGUCAUGGUCUAGAAUGAGUGCUUUCAUAUGUUUUUAAUGCAAAUUCUUAUUUAAUAAGAUCUGAUGCAGAGCAAUUCAUGAGACGGAAAAAAAAAAUCAAUAGUUUUUGUAUAUAUUCAAAUUAGUUUGUAUGUUACAGUAUAUAAUUGUAAAAAAAAAAUACUGUUUCCCCAGAUGCCAAAUAAUCUAAACAACCCCCAUGGUACAUGACUAAUGGUUCCAUGGUUGCACUGAUAACAGAUGUUUCACUAUGGGUUGAAAAGAAAAGUUGUUCAUUCUUUGUGGUGUGUAUACUGUAUGUACACAUGUGUAAUGUGUUUUACAAUGACAAGACCCAAUAUGAAGCACUUUUAUUGUAAAUAGUUUAAACUGUGUUUUUUUCUGAAUCUGGUGUUGAUCAUUUUAAAUGUCAUCUUCGUACAUUUUCUUUGAUGAUGAAAUUCGGUGGGGUUCUGUUGUACGUGUGUGUGUGUGUGUGUGUGUGUGUGUGUGUGUGUGUGUGUGUGUGUGUGUGUGUGUGUGUGUGUGUGUGUGUGUGUAAUCCUGGCUUGAUGCUGUAAAUGACACUGGUCUGAUACUGAUGAGGAGCAUUUCGACCAUCUCAAAACUGUGACGUAGACAUGUGAGCCAGCGCACACGGACGAAAGCAGUGGAUGGUGCCAUACCUCAUAAUCAGGCCGUUUAUGAAAGAAAUAAUCGUCCCUUUCUGAUUGCAUAUGUCUCUGUAUGAUGAAUCUCAUUUGAUAUGAGAACUUUCUAAAAAAAUGUUUUAUUAAAAAAAUAUUUUCUGUGCAGGAUGUAAUUAUGAUUGUAAUUUAUCAAUUUUAUUAAAUGACAUGAAUCUGA